AUGUCAGCAGAACAUAGUCUGGUAGUAUUGCGGAAUCGUAAGAUUACAAACGCGAUCUUGCCAGUUGCUUUGUCGAUAGCCUGCACCUCAUGGAGGAAUACCCUUCAGGGACUGUUUCUGGUAGCAGUAGCAAGUUUUAUCAAUUCAGUGACAGUAAAUCUUCAUCUUGAUCCAUUCAGAACCAGAGAAUUGAAUCCAAAUCUUCUUCUACCCUUCAGACAAGAAUCAAGCGAUGAUCAGUGUCAAGACUUUCUUGUCGCUGCCAUGAUGGUUGAAUACAAAAUUGUAAUACUUCACAGCUUGCAGCGGUUCUUGGGAACAUUUCAAUUUCUGGAGUCCCGGUCUGAAGAUUCAAGAAAAGCAAAGGAGACAGAUAAGAUGUUAAGUGAUACUGAAGAAUUUAAGUUUAAGGCCUGA